UGCAGCCACGGGGGCAUGGCGUGGUCCGGUGUGUCCUGCCCGGCACUCCUUCCUCCCUCUCCUGUCUCCCUCUCCCUCCUUCCCUCCUCGGAGCACGAGCACCCACCGGAGGUGUCCCGGCUGGCUUGUGCCGGCACAGCUCGGGCGCGCUCCUGUCGGGAGCUCCUUGGCCAGAGGAGGGCUGGCACGACCCUGGCCGGUGUAGAGAUUGGUGAAAGUGUGAGAGGGGAAGAUGUGUAUAUUAUCCAGAGUGGCUGUGGAGAAAUAAAUGACAACUUAAUGGAACUACUCAUCAUGAUCAAUGCUUGCAAGAUUGCAUCAUCCUCCAGAGUGACUGCUGUAAUUCCAUGUUUUCCAUAUGCCAGGCAAGAUAAGAAAGACAAGAAGGGGUCCGUGGAGCGUUGGAGCCGUGCACCAAUCUCUGCAAAACUUGUUGCCAACAUGCUGUCAGUUGCAGGGGCUGACCACAUCAUCACCAUGGACUUGCAUGCUUCUCAGAUCCAGGGUUUCUUUGACAUUCCAGUAGAUAACCUGUAUGCAGAACCUGCAGUCCUGCAGUGGAUUAAAGAGAACAUUCCUGAGUGGAGAAACUGUAUCAUAGUCUCACCUGAUGCAGGUGGUGCAAAAAGGGUUACUUCAAUUGCUGACAGAUUGAAUGUGGAAUUUGCUCUCAUUCAUAAGGAAAGAAAGAAGGCAAAUGAAGUGGACAGAAUGGUCUUAGUUGGUGACGUGAAAGACAGAGUAGCAAUUCUUGUCGAUGAUAUGGCUGACACAUGUGGCACAAUAUGUCAUGCAGCGGACAAGUUAAUGUCUGCUGGCGCUACUAAAGUUUAUGCCAUUCUGACUCAUGGCAUCUUUUCUGGUCCUGCCCUCUCUCGGAUUAAUAAUGCAUCAUUUGAGGCUGUUGUGGUAACUAAUACAAUCCCCCAAGAGGAGAAAAUGAAACAUUGCCCAAAAAUACAGUUUAUUGACAUUUCCAUGAUCCUGGCAGAGGCAAUUCGAAGAACACACAAUGGUGAAUCUGUGUCUUACCUGUUCAGCCACGUCCCCUUGUAACUGUAGGGGAUUACAUGGCAUCUUUGCAAAGGUCUCUUAAGCUAGCACUGUUUUUAACAAUGCACCUCAACCAUGAGAAAUUAGUAUCUUUGUACAAUUCAAGAGCUUGUAUGUUUAAUUAUUAUAUUUGUCUUGUAAUUACCAUUUGUUCUUUGUAAAUGGGCAAUAAAUCUCCACCUUGCAGAAACCUUA